AUGGUUCAUUACAAUUCUGUUGAGUCUCCCUAUUUCGAUCCAAAUGCCGCCAACAGGGACUUGGAAAUCUCAUUAGCACGUUUGGAUCAUUUGAGAGGGCACGUGGAGGGAGAUUUUAAUGAUAGUAAAGUUCGAACCGAGAUAAUCUCACGUCCACUUAUACCUGUGUUUCUAGUGUAUUUGCAGGUGGGUGAACCGCCCCAGGAACAAGCUGUUGCUAUGGACACUGGCAGCUCAUUGUUUUGGGUCCACUGCGUACCAAAUCAUGGGGAGGUUCACCCUAUAUACAAAAUAUAUAAUCCUGCAAAUUCUAAAAGUUAUGCAGAGGAGUUAAUUUGUAGCCAGUACUGUGAUGAGGCUGCUUUUGUUAACUGCGUUCAACUUGCCAAUCGUUGCUAUUAUUAUACGAAAUACUUGGCAGGUGAUACUAGAGGGUUCUUGGGACGCGAUAGCAUAGUUUUCAAGCCAUUUUACGAUAACCAAUCCACCAUUGAUAAUGGUGUAUUUGGAUGCGCCCGCAAAUCUUCAGAUUUUCUAGGUAAAUACAAUGGAGUUCUAGGACUUGGUACGUUUAAAGUUUCAUUAGUUUCACAAGUGGGUGCCAGGAAACUAGGUCCUAGAAAAUUUUCCUAUUGUAUCGGAAAUUUGAGUGAUCCAUUUUACAAGGAUAAUGUAUUAUUCAUUGGAGAAAACAUUAAGUUUGAUGGCCAAACAGCACCUCUUUACCUUGAGGGAGGCCAUUAUGCUGUAAACCUAGAAGGCAUUAGUUUUGGAGGGAGAUUACUUGAUAUUGACAAGAAACUAUUAUGGAGAAGUGAUGCGACUCACACAGGUGGUGCAAUUAUUGAUUCAGGUUCAAGCGUGAGUUUUCUUCAAUCGAUAGCUUACUAUAAACUUGAAGAAACAAUUCUUGAUUUCAUAGGAGACAAGAUGGAGAGAUCAGACGACAUCUCCUCGGAAGGUGUUCUGAGGCUUUGCUUUAAGGGAAAUUUGUAUAGGGACUUCCAGGAUUUUCCCUUGGUUACUUUCCAUUUUGAGAAUGAGGCUACAUUGAAUCUAGGUGUUGAAAGCCUUUUCACGCUUCUACAACCAAAUUUAACAUGUUUGAAUGUGGUGGAUGCUUAUCUGAAGGAUCUUGAUCACAGCCUUCUUGGUGUUCGUCUCCAACAAUAUCAUUAUGUGUCAUUUGAUGUUCAGAACAAACAAGUUGGUUUUAGGAGGAUGGAUUGUAGAGCUUUGAGGCAUAUUUGCCUGAUAUGUGGGGGUGAGGAAAUUUCUUUGCGGAAGGAUGAAAUGCUUAUGUGA